CUAUAAAUACUCCAAACAACCACACAAAGAUCUAAAUCAUCUAAACAAUAUCAUCUUAGUUUCAAAUUGCAAAUAAUAUAAUAAGCAAGCUACACAUUGUGUCAAGAAAUUGAAAUGGCGGAGAACAAUGUGGUUUUGUUGGAUUUUUGGCCAAGCUCAUAUGGAAUGAGAGUGAAAAUUGCCUUGGGAGAGAAGGGAAUCUCAUAUGAGUGUAAACAAGAAGAUUUUCAAGCUAAAAGCUCUCUGCUUUUGGAGACGAACCCGAUUUACAAAAUGAUCCCAGUUCUAAUUCAUAAUGGAAAACCAGUAUGUGAAUCGCUUAAUAUCAUUGAGUACAUUGAUGAGGCUUGGAAUCACAAACCUUCUCUUUUGCUCUCUGAUCCUUACAAGCGUUCUCAAGCGAGAUUUUGGGGUGAUUACAUUGACAAAAAUGUAUACAGCAUUGGAAAGAAGGUGUGGAUAGGAAAGGGUAAAGAACAAGAAGAGGGUAAAAAGAAGUUUAUAGAAUGCUUGAAGACUCUAGAACAAGAGCUUGGAGAUAAGCCAUAUUUUGGUGGAGAGGAGUUUGGGUAUGUUGAUGUGGCUCUUAUUCCCUUCACAAGUUGGUUUUACACUUAUGAGACCUAUGGGAAACUAAACAUAGAGGAAGAGUGUCCUAAGCUUGUGACUUGGGCCAAGAGGUGUAUGGAAAAGGAGAGUGUGGCAAAGUCACUCCCUCACCCUCACAAAAUCUAUGAUUUUGCAAAGCAAUAUAAACAGAGACAUGGACUUGAAUAAAGAUUGUUGCGGAUUGCAUAGAAUAAAAGAUUGAAGUGGUAUAUUACAAAAUAUGAUUUUAAUGUUCGUGUUUGUAAAAUAAGUUUGUUGUCAACUAAAAGAUGAAGUAAUUUGUUAUUGGUUGACAAUAUUAAAAUUAGUUACAUUUAUAAUACUUCAAAACUAAUCUUAUAUACAUUCAUACACCUCAUCAACUACUUGAGAGAGAAAGAAAUAAAGAUGAUGAUGUGAUAUGGUGAUGAUGUGAUAGGAAGAGAGAUAUAGAAGAAAAAUGAAAUAUUGAAAGAGUGUUUGAAAAUUAUAAGUGUUUAUGUAUGAGUGUUGUAUGUGAUAUAUGUUUCUAUGUAUGUCAUUUGUAAAAGUAUGGUAAUAUGUAAUUGAAUUUUUCCCCCUUAAAAUGUGUAUGAAUCCUUUACUUUAUGUUUAUAAUGAAUGAAUGCAAGGAAA